AUGUUGUUGCGACAGAAAAAACAGAAAGGCGAUGAGGCUGGAGAAAAAACACAAAAAAAGAAAACUGAUGAAGUAAAACAUUAUUUAGAUGGGAGAUAUAUUUGUGCUGUGGAGGCUGCUUGGAGGCUUCUCGGUUUUGACAUUCAUUAUCGUUUCCCUUUUGUUGAGCGUUUGCCCGUGCAUGCAUAUGGUGAAAAGAGUGUGACUUUCAAGGCUGCAGAUGAUUUGGAACAAAUAGCUCAUAGAGCUUCAUUUGAAAAGAGCAAACGCCAACUAACCGGAAACAACAACCUCCAACUUAGUGGAUCAGAAUUCCAGAAUAUAUCCUUGGCAGAAAUUGAGAAGCUGCUCAACGACGUGGGGAAAGGCUUGAAGGACUUUCCAACAUUGCCAUUUUCAGAAACAAUAUAUUUUCAAUCUUCUGAAAAUCGCUUGCUAAUUGAGGAAACUGGGUACGACGGAGAUGAGAUGAGACAGGAGUAUGCUAGAUUGUUCCCAAGUCUAAAUAAAGAUCAGCUGCAGGUAUACAAUUCUGUCGUAGAUAGUGUAGAGAAUGGAACAGGAGGCUUAUUUUUUGUGUAUGCGAGUGGAGGAUGCGGAAAGACAUUUUUGUGGAAGACUCUCUGCACUGGAUUGCGUAGUGAGGGAAAGAUUGUUUUGCCCGUAGCUUCGUCUGGUAUUGCAGCCACUCUACAACCAGGUGGAAGAACGGCGCAUUCAAGGUUUCAUAUUCCUCUUAAGCUUGACCAUUAUUCAGUAGCUGGCAUUAAACAUGGGAUGGAUCUUGCUGAGCUUAUGCAACAAACUAGCUUGAUUAUAUGGGAUGAGGCCCCUAUGCAGCAUUGCCAUGCAUUCGAUAGUGUUGACCGUGCUUUGCGAGACAUUAUGAGUUCUAUGGAUCCGUCCAGAGGAGGGCGUCCUUUCGGUGGUGUAACUGUAGUGUUUGGAGGCGAUUACAGACAAAUACUUCUUGUAAUUUCCAAGGCCGGCAGAGGUCAAAUUGUAGCUGCAUCCCUAAAUCGGUCAAAAUUGUGGAACCAUUGCUAG